AGCAAGUCUCGCGAGGCCGCGCCCUUGUUCGCGCGGUCUCCAGCGCGCCCUUUUAGCUGGCUGCCUGGCGGCGGGGGGACUUGGUUCUUUAACUGAGGGAUGUGUUUUCGCACUCGCUUGGUCAUGGAAACGUGGUCCAAGCUGCUGGACGGGACCACGCCGUCCCGUCGCUGGACUCGAAAGCUGGUAUUGGUCCUGCCGCCUCUGCUGCUGUUCCUGUUACAGACUGAAGCUUUGCAGGGCUUGGAGAGUGAUGAUCGGUUCCGGACCCGCGAAAAUGAGUGUCACUUCUACGCUGGUGGACAAGUGUACCCCGGAGAGGUGUCCCGGGUUUCGGUCGUAGAUCACUCCCUGCACCUAAGCAAAGCCAAGAUUUCCAAGCCAGCACCUUAUUGAAGGAACAGCUGUGAUAAAC